CAGUUUAAAAAGUUUUCAAUGAUCUCUAGUGCAUGCCAAAGUAAACUGAUCGCUGCAGAGGAUUCAGGCAGACAGAUGCAACUGAUUUCUGUCUUGAAUGUUUCAGUUGAUAGGUUGGUUUUCUACAUUAUAAUUUAAAUAGAGUUCAAUAUCUGACAAAGAUUCAAAAUAAAAGCACCCAAAGAACAUGCAGGAAACUGCAAAACAAUGCAAGAUCGAUCCUUUUAGAGUAAGCAAUUAUUCCUUUAAUCUCAGAAAUAUGACGUGGAUUCCAUGCUUGAUCUUGCUAUCUAUUUUCUUCCUCUCUGUUUCCAUCACAUCAGAAUCAUUUGAUGCAAUGGAAGGUGAGGCUUUUGUUGUAAAAUGCCCUAAACGAAAUAGUCUGACAUUUAAAUGGUAUCACAUGGAAGGCAACAAGACCAUUCCUGCAGAUGAAGGAGCACGGAUACAUUCCUCUGGGAGAUUUCUUUGGUUUCUGCCAACAGCAAAAGAGGACUCGGGAUAUUAUACCUGUGUCACGCAGUAUUCUAAUAAUCUUACAACACAUUCCAGAGUAAGUGUGAUGGUGUACCCAUACGAACGAGACAUUUGUUUUCCAAGUCAAAUACGUUAUCCAAAAGACACUGGAACUUUUAUUUCUGGCAGAGUUGUUUGUCCUACAAUAGACAAUUAUGAGAAUGCAACUCUUGUCCACUGGUAUAAGGAUUGCAAACUUCUCCAAGGAAAAAAGUAUUUCUCAUGGAACAAAUAUCUUUAUAUUAAGGCUCCAGUAAAAACUGAUGAAGGAUAUUAUACUUGCCAAUUUACCUACACACACAGUGGAAAUGAGUAUAACGUGUCAGCAACAAGACUCUUUGUAAUUAAAAACAUCUCUGAACCUAAAUCUCCUCAAAUUAUAUUUCCAGAAGAUAAUGAUGUAAUAGAAGUAGUGCUCGGUGCCCCUGUGAACAUUUCCUGUAAAGCUUUUCUGGGGAUUGGGAACCAAAAUGUAGAAGUUGUCACUUGGGAUGUUGGUGACUUGCAAGCUAAAUAUUUAGAUCCUUUGAGGUUUCAGGAAGACUAUCACAGGUUUUCAGGAACUUUUAAAGAACGUUAUGGAGAGGCUGUGCUAAGGGUCACAGAAGUGAAACAAGAGGAUCUUCAGUCAAAUUUCACAUGUGUAGCACUAAAUGCAAAGGAAUAUAUAAUGGCCACAGUGACAUUACAAGAGUCUUGUGAGGUCAAUCAUCACCGUACCUACAUGAUCAUAGGGUUUCUUAUUUUGUUAGUUAUGAUAGUGCUGUUGAUCGUAUUUUACCAUUUUUUCCUAAUUGAUAUUGUCCUCCUGUAUCGGAAGAUAUUUAACCCCUACACAACCAAGGAUGAUGGCAAGAUGUAUGAUGCAUAUGUUAUCUACCCCACAGAUGCCACUAGCAAAGCUAAUUUUGUGGAUGAUUUUGUUCACCAGAUUCUGCCAGAUGUUCUAGAAAAUAAAUGUGGCUAUAAACUGUGUAUUUAUGGGAGAGAGAUAUUUCCAGGGGAAGAUGUAGCCAAUGCCAUUGAAACGAGAAUACAAAAAAGCAGGAGAUCAAUAAUAAUUUUAACACCCAAGCUGAUUCACUGCAAGGAGUUUGCUUAUGAUCAACAUAUUGCCUUACACUGUGCCCUCAUUCAGGAUGACAUAAAGGCCAUUGUUCUUGAAAUGGAGACAAAUGGGGACUACAAGGAACUGCAAGAAUCUCUCAGGUAUAUUAUUAAGCAGCAAGGUACCAUAAAAUGGAAAAAAAAGUACACAGCUCACCCAGGGUACUUGAAUUCUAAAUUCUGGAAACAUGUGAGGUACCACAUGCCUCUGAGAUACAAACCUUCACACUGAAACACGUUGUGGGUAUAGGAAGUUUUAUAAAAUUCUGUUAUUUUAUCUGCCUGAAUUGUUUCUUUACUGCCACUGUUCUUUUUGUAAAAGUCCGGACCUCUUAGUGCGCAGAUAUGGUAGAAACGGUUCAAAUUUCAAUCGAAAUAUUUUUUGAAAUUUCAAUUUUUAAAAUUUUCAGUUUCACCCAGUAAUUCAGCAUCAGGCCCAUAAAUUUCUGGCUGGGCUGGAGAAUAGCUUUCAAAAAGAUAUCCAGUCUCAUUAAACUUCCAGAGAUGAGUCAAUCGGAUAGACUCCCUCAAUCCAGUAAUGUUCCCAAGGUAUGUAUUAACAACAGCUGCCUUUUUACUGGAAAUGCAAACUUUGUGGGGAGGGGAGAAUUAUCCCACGGACUUCAACAGGACUACCUAGAUUUCCCUUGUGUGAAAGGGGAGAAAUAGACUCCUUUUCACACAAAGGAAAAAUGUGCAGUAUUGGACAUUUCAGAAAUGAAACGUUACUGACAAUGCAUACAACAACAUUGUUUACAACUAAAUAAAAAUUGAGACUUGCACAGGCAAGGGAAAUUGACUGGCUAUACAAGGUUACUUGAAAAUGAUUCUGCACUUAGAUCUGAUAAAUGCACCAAAAUGAACUGACCAGAGAAAAAUGUUUUUUCCCUUAUCUUUAAGAUACAGCCAUUUUAGCAGUUACUAGUUUUCUUACAUGUGCAGACAGAAAUAUGAGUUUUUGGUCAUGCUGAUGGUGCCUCUUGAAGCAAAUAUAAAGAGUUUUGCUAUUAGAAAAAUAUGAGAAAUACACAUUUUUUGUUUUCUACUUUGAUAUUAUGCUUUAUUUCAAUUUCUCCUGUAAGGAAUGAGUCUGUUAUAUGAAGUCUGAAUCCAAACCUCACAGUUCAGGGCUGUAUGGCCACAAGAUUUUAGCUCAGGUCCGUUUUUGUGAUAAGCAGGGACCCUGGUUUUCUCUGAUAAAAAAAAUCACAAAUUCUCUGAUUAAAAACAAUUGCAAAUUCACUGAUAAAACCCCCCAAAUCUGUGAUUAAAAUUAAAGGCCCCU